AAUGUUUUUUUCUUCAAGCUGAUUGGGGUGUCUGAUUUUUUUUUCUUUUACCCUGAGCCCUUCAUAUUUGAUCAGCCAAGCUUUCUAAUUAGAGGUAAUAAAGUACUGACCUCCUGCAGACCACUUGGCUCACUGAUUGCUGUAAAACUGAUUUUUCUUCAGAAUGUCAAACUUUAAUAUGUUACCUUCUAUAAAUGCAUUACUUUUGUUGAGUUUUUAUAGUUUCAAUGUAAUUUUAAUGCAGAUGUGUAACAUUCCUCACAGAUUACUAUAAAUUCAUAUGUGAUGGGCUUUUUGUAAUCCAGAAAAUUAUACAGUGGGAAAAAUUACCAUGUAAUUUGCAUUUGAUAAUCGAACAAAAUCAAAGAAACCUCUCUUGCUAACUGUACUUAUCAUCUUUGUCCACUAGGUGUCACUACAGCUACAGAAAAUGGCAUUAAAGGGAACACUGACAACUACCCAACAGAACGAAAAAGGUUGCAACUCUAAGUCACAGUAUUUGUCCAGAAAGGAAAGCUGACUACCCGGCUUUACUCUGAGAUGAAAAUUUUUUGAAAAAAAGAGGAUAUCACACAUUAGAAUCAGAACCUUUGGGUGUUUUUUCAGGGAAAAAUGUAUGUGGACAGCCAAAGCUGAAAGGACAGCAUGCUUGGAAGAUCUUUUUUUAAAACGGGACCUCCUAAGCAUCAACAAAAGAUUUUAAAAUUACAUUGUCAACUUGAAGCUUCUAGCAUGUGUCCCUGUACUUCCUAAAGAGUGAGCAUUUUCCAUUGAAGUAAAAGACAUAACAUAAAACUGUGGUUCACAAUCAGCUUCAACAGCAAAGACUUUACGUUGUCUCCAGUGGCGCACCAGUAAUAAUGUUGUCAAAAGUGAUGCUGGGUGUCAUCCUGUCCCUCCUCAUCCUCCUGACUGUGGGUGGUAAUGUGCUGGUGUGUCUAGCUGUCUGCGCCUCACGACGCCUCCGCUGCCUCACUAACUGCUUCAUUGUGUCACUGGCUGUGACAGACCUCCUGCUCGGCCUCUUGGUCCUCCCGUUCUCCGCUCUCCUCCAGCUCGGUGAUGAGUGGCCGUUUGGCCCAGUUUUCUGCAACUUCUACAUCUCCAUGGAUGUCAUGCUGUGCACGGCCUCUAUCCUAACGCUGCUCGCCAUUAGUGUGGACCGGUACCUGGCAGUGACCAUGCCUCUGAGAUACGCCUCUCUGGUGUUGCCAUGGAGAGUUGCUGUAGUCUUAGUGAGUGUCUGGACAGUGUCAGUGGCUGUGUCUUUCUUGCCAAUUCAGAUGGGAUGGAACACCGUUAAUGGGACGGUGCAGAAUCACGGGCCCUGGGCUUCUGAGAGGAGAUGUCGUUUUGAGCUGAACAGGCCUUAUGUACUUACAGACUCUCUUCUCACCUUCUAUCUGCCUCUGUUGGCUAUGUGCUGGACCUAUCUUCAAAUUCUUCGUAUUGCUCGGGCACAGGCCAAGAGAAUUAUCAGUGCCCGACCUAUUUGCAUCACCAGCUAUAACUGCAGGAACAGCCCCUCCACAAGUACUACCCUGGUUUCUGGUGUGACAGCUGUGGCACUAAGAGACCACAAAGCCACACUGACAUUGGCAGCUGUGAUUGGAGCUUUUGUUGUCUGUUGGUUGCCUUAUUUCAUAUUAUUCACAGUGCUAGGUCUCAAGGAGCAUCCAGACCCUGGCAUAGUACCAGAAUUUCCUAUUGUUUUGUGGUUGGGGUACGCCAACUCAGCCCUAAACCCUCUCAUCUACGGAGCCUUAAACAAAGACUUCAGGUCAGCUUAUGCUCAUCUACUGAAAUGCCGUUUCCCUACAUACAAUGGCUGGAGAAGUCAGCAAUCUUCUCCCACUUUUACAGCAGCCCGAAAGCAGCUCACAGAGGUGACACUGCUGUGUGGUCACACCUCUGCCUCCUGUACAGAAACAAUAACAUCUCAAAAUGUCAUGCUUCAGGACGUGAGCAGCAGAGGAGCUGCUCCAACCACUCAGUCUACAAAUGGCACAGCUACCACAGAUGUCAGUGGCAAUCAGGGUGAGCCAGUACUGUGCUGAGACCAUUGUACACCCCUGAUCCAGGAUCAGUCAGCCUGAGAAAAAAGCGCAACAGACAGACGAAGAUGGACGGAGACGCUACAACCCCCCACAUAUUCAGUGCCACAGCAGAACCAACCAUAAUGCCACAUGAUUCAACACCACUAAUUCUGAGAAAAGACAAGAGAACCCAAGACCUCAACAACUCCAGACCUCAUCAGCAAGAAUCAAUGUGUUCUCACAGCGGGAAGGCAAACAGAAAGUACUGAAACUCUGCAGGAACAAAUGGCACCAGCCAAUUAGCUUGUGAAUCACCACAUUCAUUAACUAGUGGACAUUUUUCAUCCUGACUCCAGACUGUACUCCAGUGGAAACAUGACGCACCGGAUCUCGAACUUGGAAAGAGCUUUUUGGAAAGAGAAAUUUAUCAAGAACUGCAUGUUCUAUGAAAAUCAGCCAAUAAGACAGGAAAAGGGAUGAAGAGACUUUAAAUUGGCCCAUGAUUUAAAUGUGUAGCAUACAAUGUGUGUAAUGUUUUAAUUUUGUGAAAUUAUAACCAAUUGUUGUGCAAAGUUGACAAAUGUAUGUAUUGAAUUAAAAUAUAAACACUACCAGUGAAUAAAAAUCAAUACACGCCUUGUUCCUAUAAAAUAACAAGUAAUAAAAAAAUAUAUAUAUAUAUAAGGAGCAACGAAGAAAUUCCUGAAAUACUCUGUUUGGUGGUAAUGCAGGUUGUUGAGCAUAAUGUAUUUGUUUAGAACUUGAAUGACACAGAAACAGCAUAUUAUCUGAAAAUGUUACUUGAAAAUGUCACACAAGCAGUAAGUUAUUUCCUUUGAGGAAUUCUUCGGAGGCAUUCAAUAACAUAUACUGUAAAAGAUUAUGUAUUUUAUAUUAUUAGUUUUAUGUAAGCACAUUUCAAGAAACUAAUCUUAAAAAAACACUCAAAUGUAACAUUUGAGGUGAAAAACCCUUUUUUUAUACUGCUGAUUUUUUAAAUUCUAGAUUCAGGACACAAGAUUCAUUUAAUUAUUGUUGAUAUAGACAAUGAUUUAUUUUAUUGCACUAGUGUAAAAACAGCUCUCAAAAGGAGAGGUAAAAUAACCUAAAAUAAAUGUCACAUGCACACACACAUACAAUUCUCUCUCACACACAGCCAAUAUCAAAAUUUAAUUAAUUUUAAGAUAUUGUGUGAGCAUAAAGAUUACUCUAAACAUGAAAUGAAUGACACUUCCAGAUUGUCAUACUAAAAUAUAGUCUGUAAACAUAAAAAUAAAUGAAACAUAAAAUAAAAUAGGAUCACUCUCAGGGUUGGAGUUCCAGCAGACUUGUAAACAGAUAAACAUAAACUGGAUAAAUGCCACUUUUUGUGUGACAUCCUAGCAGCGUUCAGUUCAGUGAUUGCGCUUGUGUAAAACCUGUAAAAAGUGGUCAAGAGCCUGAUGAUGCGUCUUUUUA